AUGAACAAGCUACCUGUGGUCUACUACAGCUCUAAAACAGCUUGGUUUACUGGAGAUAUUUUUGUAGACUGGUUCAAAAAUCAUUUUUGCAAAGAAGUUAGAGAUUUUCAGAUAAAGAAGUGUGGAGUGAGACGGAAUGAUGUCAAGGCAUUACUCUUGGUUGACAAUGCCCCAGCUCAUGUAGGGCUCGACAAAUUAACGUCACAUGAUGGACGCAUCAAAUGUAUGGCCUUGCCUCCCAAUACCACCUCUCUGAUCCAGCCAAUGGAUAUGGGUGUUAUAUAUGCAAUGAAAAGGCUCUACAAACGAGAAAUGAAUAAAGAAAUCAUGGUGGUGUUUGAGUCAGAUGAAGACAAAAGACAAGGAACCGAUUCGCGAGGUCAAGCAACACUGGAACGUUACCAAAAAUACUCAAUUAAGGAAGGCAUUUACAACUGGGCUAAAGUUUGGGAUGAAGUUCAAGAGUCAACAUUAAGAAAUUGUUGGAAAAAACUCCUGUUGCUUGAUCAUGCUGAUGAAGUGACUGAGGAAGAAAUGGAUUUUGAAGGAUUUUCAAAUGAUAUUUAUCAAGAACUGCGUGCCGCUGGUGAGACGGAGUUGACGCUGAACGAUGUGGAGGAGUGGUUAGAUAUUGAUGCAGUCGAUCCACCCAUUGGAAAUUGA